AUGCUUGUGCAUCCAGACAUGCUCACGGCGUUGACUCCCACCUCUUCGGUGGCUCCCCUUCCAACAGUCAUCCCAAACCCCGUCAUCACGGUCGAGGCCGGUGAUGUCGGCAGGAGAACUCUCUGGGUUGUUGUCGUCCUUAUGGGCCUCUCCUCUCUUGCCUUCUAUGGCAUGGCUUUCCGUGUGCCUGUGCAAAAACGCCUCUUCCAUAUCCUCACUUCAUUCAUCACCACCUUUGCCUUUCUCUCCUACUUUGCCAUGGCUACCGGUGACGGUGUCAGCUACAAUACCUAUACCGAGACCAUUCACCACAAGAAGGUCCCAAAUACCUACCAGCCCUACCAGAGAGAGAUCUACUAUGCACGCUACAUUGAUUGGGCCAUCACAACUCCUCUCCUCUUGCUCGACUUGUCCCUUCUUGCUGGUCUGAGUGGUGCCAACAUCUUGGUUGCAGUUGUUGCCGAUGUCAUAAUGGUGUUGACGGGAUUGUUCGCUUCAUUCGGCAGCAAGAGCAGCCAGACCUGGGGAUGGUAUGCCUGGGCCUGCAUUGCCUACCUCGUGGUCGUCUACCAAUUGGCCUUCAAUGGGCGCACGGCGGUUGCCAACAAGGACAGCAAGACCAAGGCCUUCUACGCUUCUAUUGCCGGUUUCACCCUUAUUCUGUGGACCAUUUACCCAAUCGUUUGGGCUCUGUCUGAGGGCAGUCACGUCAUCAACGUGAACCAGGAAAUCAUUGCCUACGCCGUUCUAGACGUGCUUGCCAAACCGGUCUUUGGUUUCUGGCUCUUGUUCACCCAUGAUGGCAUGGCGAGCACUUCUCCAUCUCUUGAGGGCUUCUGGUCUCAAGGCUUUGGCAGCCAGGGAACUCUGCGAGUGGGUGACGAUGAUGAAGCAUAA